UUAAUGGGAUCGCUUGCUACUUGGCUGUCAGUGUCAGGGUGCGGCCAUAUUGAUUUUGUGUUUAAAAGCCAGUGUUGAGUGUAAUUUUGUGUUUGAAAUAGAAAUCUCAAAUCAUCGAAAAUGGCUGAGCGUGAAAACAAUGUCUAUAAAGCGAAAUUGGCUGAACAAGCCGAGCGCUACGAUGAAAUGGUUGAUGCAAUGAAGAAGGUCGCGUCCAUGGAUUUGGAGCUGACAGUGGAGGAGAGGAACUUACUGUCUGUUGCCUAUAAGAAUGUGAUUGGGGCACGACGAGCAUCUUGGCGCAUAAUCACCUCUAUUGAGCAAAAGGAGGAGAAUAAAGGUGCGGAGGAGAAAUUGGAGAUGAUUAAGAAUUAUCGUGGACAGGUUGAGAAGGAACUCCGUGAUAUCUGUUCGGAUAUUCUUAAUGUGUUGGAGAAGCACCUUAUUCCCUGUGCAACCACCGGCGAAGGUAAAGUGUUUUACUAUAAAAUGAAGGGUGACUACCAUCGCUAUUUGGCUGAAUUUGCCACGGGUGGUGAUCGCAAGGAAGCCGCUGAAAAUUCCCUAGUGGCCUACAAGGCAGCCAGUGACAUAGCAAUGACAGAUCUUCCACCAACACAUCCUAUUCGAUUGGGUCUGGCACUGAAUUUCUCGGUAUUCUACUAUGAAAUUCUCAACUCACCCGACCGUGCCUGCCGCCUAGCUAAAGCUGCAUUUGAUGAUGCCAUUGCCGAACUUGAUACCCUCAGCGAAGAGAGCUACAAAGAUUCAACGCUAAUAAUGCAAUUACUGAGGGACAACCUCACGCUUUGGACAUCUGAUAUGCAAGGAGACGGUGAAGGUGAACAGAAGGAACAAAUUCAGGACGUCGAAGACCAGGACGUAUCGUAAUUUAGGUGUUUUAAUCCUAAUUAAUUUUAAUUAUAAGAAUAAUUAAAAAAUAAUAAAAAAAGAUAAAAAAUAACUUAUUAGUUAUAUAAGCAUUGAGAAAGUGUAAUUGUUUCAUCUUAAUAAAAAAAACACAACAAUCCAAAAUAAAAAAAAAGAAAAAAUCUAAUGUAAUGGAUUAUGAUGGAAAAAAAUAAUAAUAAAAUAAUACAAAAAAUAUAGAGGUUAGCAAGAAUGAAAAAAAAAACCAACAAAAUCUCUUUUUCUAAAUUAUUAAACAAAAAAAAACAUCAGCAACACAUCAUCAACAUACAAUAUUAGCUCUAAAUUAAAAUAAUAAUAAAAAAAAGAAUGAAAAAGAAGGAAAAAAAUGAAAAAGUAAAGAAUUGAGGUGAGAAACCAUUACAUUGCAGACUUUGUAAUAACUGAUAAGAUAAGAAAAAAUAUAAAUACUUGGUGUUACCACUUAUGUGGGAUACCAACUAAUAUUAUUACUUUAAAUUACGGCAUAACGAAGAUAAAAAAAAUAUAUAAAUUACUUACACAAUUAUUAAAAAAAAAAGAAAAAAAAAGUUAAUUUCAUGAAGCUUAUAUAAUAUUGAAAAAAUGAGAAUAGAAGUGUUAAAAAAAAUCAUCAGUGGUAGUGAAACAAAUAGAUAAAAAAAGCAGUAAGUAAAAUGAGAAAAUCAGGCAUUAAAUUUGGUAUUAUAAAUUAUGAGGAAAAGUAAAACCAUCGUAGUCUUUCGUGGAGAUAAAAAAAAACAAGAAACAUACAUUGCUAUUAUUAGGUUACAAUGAAAACUUAAUAAAUUAACAGUGGUAUGUGUCACAGUAUAUAUACUAAAUUAAAUAUAGUGUAUUGAGUAUAAAAAUUAAUGAAAAAAAAAACAAGUAGAAAGCAUUGCCGUUUGAACUUUUUUUUUAAAGAUUUAAUUUUCAUUUUAGUUGGUAACUGUAUAACAUUGCAAAAAAAAAAGAGAAAAAGAAGGAAGAAAGUGAAGAUAAACAGUGGAGUGUGUAGAUUACAAUAUUUUUUUUCUUGCUAAUUUCAAGAAUGAGGAGAGGACUAUUUCUUAUAAUAAUAAUAAUAUUUAAAUGCACGAAGAGAGACAAAAAACUUCUGAAAUGUGAAUCUGCAUUUCAUCUCAAUUUUUGAACGGUAUUUUACAAUAUAUAUAUUUUAUUUUAUUAAUAUUUUUAAGAUACAUAAGAUUGUCUACAAUUUUUCUCCUCCAUCCCCACAAUUUUUUAAGGAAUAUACUAUCCACAAAAAUUAAUAAAAGAAAAUGUUCCAAAAUUAACGUACAAAGUAUAUUUUGAAAAAAAAAAAAUAUUUGAAACGUUUGUGAAUUGUAAGGAGUUUAUUUUGUUUCUGUAUGGGAAAACCUGUAUUAUUCGCAAAAGGAAUAAUCCGUAAGAAGGGUAAGAAGAGAUUCAAAAGAAAAUCUGUUUCCUCGAUUAAAGGGAUUUCUGUAUAGGGUGCGGGUAAACUCCUUUUUGUCUAAUAUUUUAAAUAGAUUUUGUAAAUAGGUCAGCUUAUCGCGGAGGUUAAAUUCGAAAGAACUUCUAAAUUGGUAUAAAUUCCAAUACCGAUUUAGAAGAUUUUACGUUUCAACCUCUUCCUUCAUCCAUACAAGUUUUUUCUGUUUUGUCAUUAAAGAAAAUUAAUUAAUUUGACAAAUUUAGAGCUAUAAAACUAAAUAAGAAUCAAAAUAAUUUUCCAAAUGAUUUAUUUUUCCAAUUUUGUACCUUAAUUUUGGAACAUUCUACGUGACUAUAUAAAAUCUUCAGCUUUAGUAACUCAAUAUAUUUUUAUGACAGUAAAAAUUAAAAGAAAACAAAAAAAGGAAUGGAAUAGUAAAAGAGAAAAACAAAGGAAUAGGUACAUUUCUAACACUACAGCAAAUAAUAAAAAAAGGAAAAACUGAGAAAAAAAUGCUUUAAAACACGAAACAUUUCCAGACAUUUUAAAUUAACAAAAAAAAAUAUUUUCUACAUUUUUUUUAAUAAUAUUUUUUCUUGUUCAGUAAAUUCUAAGGAAUCUAUAAGAAUGUGUAUUGCAACUUUCUCAAGAAUAAAAAGACACACAAAAAAUACAAUCCAGUAUGUAACCUCUUUUUAGGCACAAGAAUGAAUUUUUUUAAGUGAUGAAUUUCAAUGUCUUAUUUUGUCUUUUUAAAAAGUUAAAAAAAAAUGGUAUAAAGGAAUUCCUGAACACUAUACAAUUUUAAAGAAUAAAAUGAAGAAAAAAAAUGAGUUGACAAUUUUUAAAAGAAUAAAAUGAAGAAUUUAUAACAUGAAGAAGAAAAGAUGAAAAAAAAUAACCUUAAGUUUAUCAAAGAAAUUUUUUUUCUUUUCGCUCAUUUUUUUUAAAUGCAAAAGAGAAUGGAAAAUGAUAAAAAAAAUAGUACCAUAAUCCUUGAGAAUAUAUAUUUUUUUAAUUUUUUGCUCUUGUUUAUUCCAAUCUGUUAUUUAUUUUUGUUGCAUAAUGCGAAAUCCUUCGUGGAUUUCUUUCGAUAAAAGAACGACUCUAAAUUUUUAAGUGAAAAAAAUAAAAAUGUGUAUGAUAAAUCCUG